UAAGUGGACUUGCACAUUGACAAUGUACCUAUAAAUGACGUCUUAACUCUUAAUUUUUACAAAUCGCGGCUAAGUAUUUUAGUUUAAAUCAGAGAAGCCGAUAUUAGAGACGGACAAGAUUAAUGUGUUUUUAAAAUACGCGUUGUUCAUAUACUUGUUUCGACGUGUAAAGGCAUUAAUAAAUGGGUUCAUUCCUACGAAAUAUUGUGUUGAAUAGGUAACUAAAAUUUGAUAUCGUUUCUAAAUUUGCGCGCAAUAAAUUUUCGACGAACGAUGAAAUUCUUCAUUAUAUUGUUAUUGUUGUAUUCUGUACAAUUUAAACACACGGUGUGUUACGGCUUAUCAUUCUUAUUUAAAUUGGAAUAACAAUAACAUAUUAUAUACAAAUACUACCUAUACUGUUGUAGAUAUUAUACAUCGAACACCUUUGAGUGACGUAAGUCGGUAUUACGAAGAGAGUAAAAUCAACUCAUAUUCCUAUUGUAAAAACCUAUUCAAUAUUAGAGAGCAUUAUGUUAUAUAUUUUUCGGAGUUGUCGCCGUCUAGUGUGGCUUCUGAAUUUGCGACUGCAAUAAUAUGUUAUUAUUGGUUAUAAUACUAUGUUAUUAAAAUUGUUAUUUUUUUCAUCGGCUUUAAGUUUCAGGUUUUCUCAGACCUCUUUGUUAAUAAUAAUAUAUUGUGUGCACGAACGGUAUGUUUAGCAAAGGAGACAGUAUGGCAGUGUCCACGAAAAACAUCGUCGCAUACCCUGAAAAGUGUGCUAGACUGAAUUGUGACCUGUGCGAUUCAGAAGACUGUCUACUGUGCAAACCUUGCAUGGAUCGGGACACAAAAGUCCAAUUCACAAAUGCCUAUCGGGAAUACAUAGAUCGGCAUGACUGCAAAAGAGUUUUCCCGCCAAAAUUUAAUCCGAACUUUUUGAACAACUCCGAAGACCUUAGCAGUUAUAGUCCGAAAACGCGUUUGAUGUACAAAUGGUUCAAAGGAAAAUGCAUCGCGGACACUGAAUGGUGUUAAUAAUUCAAAAAAUGUGUUUCGCUAAGAAUCGUGAAGAGAGGAAAGUCACUACUUCUACUUUUAAUCAAAACGAAAGCCAUAUUUAUAUAUAUAUAUAUAGUUUUUUUUUUUAUUGUUUUUAUAUUAUUAUGUAAUACUUUAAUUAAAAUUACAAAAAGUUAAUUUAUUUA